AUGAAAAUGGCGUCCUAUGUGGAUAACAGCUUUCGGGAAGCGGUGAUGAUGAACCCGGCGGAUAGGACGCAACAGGACCUGGAAAUUGUGUACUCCUACCUUCACGGCAUGGAAGCCUUAUCCAAUCUACGGGAGCACCAGUUGAGGAUCAUGUGUGAGACGGUGCGCUACGAAAGACACGAAGCCAACGAAGUGCUCUACUACCCGGAUGACAUUGGAAGCUGCUGGUACAUCCUUUUGUCCGGCUCUGUGUUCAUCAAGGAAUCCAUGUUUCUGCCCAGAAGCAGCUUCGGCAAGCGAUCGGCAGGCAGCCUGAGACGUGGAUGUGAGUGCAUCGUACUGGAACCCUCCGAGAUGAUUGUGGUGGACUAUAUGGACGAGAAUGAGGAGUACUUCCAGAGACAAGCGUCCCACCGCCAGUCCCGUCGCCGCUUCCGGAAGAUCAACCAGAAAGGAGAGCGGCAGACCAUUAUCGACACGGUGGAUCCGUACCCCGCCGGGAAGCCACCCAUAGCACGGGGGUACCACACGGAAUGCAAUAAGCUGCCCGCAGACUUCAGCAGACUUCACCUGGCCGACGGCUUGCACCCACAGGUGACGCAUGUGUCCUCCAGCCACUCGGGAUGUAGUAUCACCAGCGACUCGGGAAGCAGCAGCCUGUCAGAUAUCUACCAGGCUACCGAGAACGAACCCGGCGACAUGGACCUGAGCGGCCUGCCGGAGACGGCAGUAGACUCUGAAGAGGACGAUGACGAAGAGGACAUCGAGCGGGCGUCCGAUCCUCUCAUGAGCCGGGAUAUUGUCCGAGACUGCCUGGAGAAGGACCCCAUGGACAGGACGGACGACGACAUAGAGCAAUUACUGGAGUUCAUGCAUCAGCUGCCAGCCUUCGCUAACAUGACCAUGUCGGUACGGCGUGAACUCUGCGCCGUCAUGGUCUUCGCCGUAGUGGAGCGCGCUGGCACCAUCGUUCUCAAUGAUGGAGAGGAACUGGACUCGUGGUCGGUGAUAUUGAACGGUUCGGUGGAGGUGACGUACCCUGAGGGCCGCACGGAGAUUCUCUGCAUGGGCAACAGCUUCGGGGUGUCGCCCACCAUGGAAAAGGAGUACAUGAAGGGAGCCAUGAAGACCAAGGUGGACGACUGCCAGUUUGUGUGCAUAGCCCAGCAGGACUACUGCUGCAUCCUCAACCAGGUGGAGAAGAACAUGCAGAAAGUGGAAGAAGAAGGAGAGAUCGUCAUGGUCAAGGAGCAUCGAGAACUGGACCGAACGGGCACCAGGAAAGGACAUAUUGUCAUCAAGGGCACUUCGGAGCGUCUAACAAUGCACUUGGUGGAGGAGCACUCAGUGGUAGAUCCCACCUACAUUGAGGACUUCCUGUUGACAUAUAGGACCUUUCUGUCCAGCCCCAUGGUAGUGGGCAAGAAGCUACUGGAGUGGUUUCAUGACCCAAGUCUCAGGGACAAGGUGACGCGGGUGGUCUUGCUAUGGGUGAACAACCACUUCAAUGACUUUGAGGGUGACGCCGCCAUGACUAACUUCCUGGAGGAGUUUGAAAACAACCUGGAGAGAGAAAAAAUGUGCGGCCACCUGCGCCUGCUGAACAUCGCGUGCGCCGCCAAAGCUAAACCUCGCCUGGUGACGUUAACCAAAGCGUCCAGGGAGGCCGCGCUCGCAUUCAGCCUGCUGGGAGGGCAAGACAAAGGCUUCAGGGUCUUCAUCGAUGCCGUGGAAGCUGGCAGUAAGGCGGCAGAAGCGGGGCUCAAGAGAGGGGAUCAGAUCUUGGAAGUGAACGGGCAGAACUUUGAGAAUGUCCAGCUCAGCAAAGCUAACGAGAUUCUGAAGAACAACACUCAUUUGUCCAUAACUGUGAAAACCAACCUUUUAGUGUUUAAAGAGCUGCUAACCAGGCCCGAGCAGGAGCUCCACGGCGACGUAGACGGCGAAGAUGAGCACGAUCGGAAGAACGGCGCGCCGCACCUGCCCAAGAUCGGCGACAUCAAAAAGGCUAGCCGUUACUCCAUACCUGACCUGGCGGUGGAUGUGGAGCAGGUGAUGGGCUUGGAGAAAGCCAGCAAGAAGGCCAAGAGCAACUCUGUGGGUGGGAGGAACAAGCUUAAGAAGAUCUUUGACAAGACGCUCACUAGUAUCCUGCCUCCCAAACCUUACAACGACGUGUGCGUGGGCCAGUCGCAGGACGACAGCAUCGUGGGCAUGAAGCAGUCCAAGCAGAUCCCGCCGGCGCUACCUGUCAGCGGCAACCUGUCGUCGUCCAACCCCGACCUGCUCCAGUCACACCACCGCAUCCUGGACUUCAACAACCAACCCGUGCCGGUCAUCCUGAAUAUGUCCGACCAGGUGCUUCGGGUGUUUAAGGCGGACCAGCAGUCGCGCUACAUCAUGAUCGGCAAGGACACCACAGCCAAGGAGGUGGUGGCCCAGGCCAUCCGGGAGUUUGCACUGACGGCCGCGCCCGAGGCCUACUCACUCUGCGAGGUGUCCGUGACGCCCGAGGGUGUCAUCAAGCAAAGGCGGCUGCCCGACCAGCUCUCCAAGUUGGCGGACAGGAUCCAGCUGAGCGGCAGAUACUACCUGAAGAGCAACAUGGAGACAGAGACUCUAUGCUCGGAUGAGGAUGCCCAGGACCUCCUUCGAGAGGGCCAGAUCUCAUUGCUGCAGCUGAGCACGGUGGAGGUGGCCACGCAGCUAUCCAUGCGCGCUUUCCAGCUCUUCUGCGCCAUCGAACCCACGGAGUACAUCGACGACCUGUUCAAGCUACGCUCCCGGACGGGCGCCGCCACCAGCCUCAAGCGUUUCGAGGAGGCCAUCAACCACGAGACAUUCUGGGUGGCCAGCGAAGUCACGCGGGAGCCCAACCAGCUCAAGCGUAUGAAGACCGUCAAGCACUUCAUCAAGAUCGCGCUGCAUUGCCGCGAGUGCAAAAACUUCAACUCCAUGUUUGCCAUCAUCAGCGGUUUGAACCUGGCUCCCGUCUCUCGACUUCGAGGGACGUGGGAGAAGCUACCCAGCAAGUACGAGAAGCUCUUCGGCGACCUUCAGGACUUGUUCGACCCCUCCAGGAACAUGGCCAAAUACCGAAACGUCCUCAACAACCAGAACCUGCAGCCACCCAUCAUCCCGCUCUUUCCCGUCAUCAAGAAAGACCUCACCUUCCUGCAUGAAGGUAACGACUCCAAAGUGGACGGUCUGGUAAACUUUGAGAAGCUGCGGAUGAUCGCCAAAGAGAUCCGCCACGUGGGCCGCAUGGCCUCGGUCAACAUGGACCCUAACCUCAUGUUCAGGACCAGGAAGAAGAAAUGGAGGAGUUUAGGGUCCCUGAGUCAGGGCAGCGCCAACGCAGCAGUGCUGGACGUGAACCAGACGGGCGGCCACAAAAAGAGAGUGCGGCGGAGCUCCUUCCUCAAUGCAAAGAAGCUGUACGAGGACGCCCAAAUGGCGCGCAAGGUCAAGCAGUAUCUGGCCAACCUCAGCUUGGAAACCAACGAGGAGAGUCUGCAGACGCUCUCGUUGCAGUGCGAGCCCUCCGUCAGCACACUGCCUAAGAACUCAGGGGUCCGCCGAGCAGACACGUCCCCCGUGGUGUCCAGAGCGGCCAGCCAGCAGAGGGGGCAGCUAGCCAAGGGCCCCCAGGCAUUGCAAGUCCCUGCUGUGGCCCUGUACCCAUCACGCAAGAAGGUGCCCGUCAAGGACCUGCCUCCUUUUGGCACCAGCUCCCCACAGUCCCUGAAGAAAAUUCUGUCGCUUUCAGAAGAGGCCAGCGAGCGCCAUCGCAGGCAUCCGGAGGACUCAACGACGUCCAACGCAUCCUCGCAGCUCUCGUCGCCACCCGGCUCCCCGCAAAGCUCGCCCAAGAAGGGUUACAAUCGCACGGGCGACUCAUACUCGGACUGCAGUCAGAGUGAGAUGUCUUCUCGGUCCAGCCUGCUCAGCAACUUGUCCUUCGAGGACGAGCGGCGUCUGAGGCACUCGGGGUGUGUCGGUGACUCCCAGUUAGGGGGUACGCGCCUGGAACGGAGGGCCGCCACCGAUCCUGACCAAUACAGCCUUGGAUCAUACUCGUCGAUGCAAGACUGCCGGGGCAUCUACGCAGGCUGCCCCACGGUGCUGUCGUCCCCCAGCUCCGAGGAGCUGACCCAGGAUCAGGGCGACCGCGUGUCCUUGGACGCGGCCGACAGCGGGCGCGGCUCUUGGACGUCCUGCUCGUCCGGUUCCCACGACAACAUUCAGACCAUGCAGCAGGGGCGCAGCUGGGAGACGCUGGCCUUUGGCGGGGGGCUCCCGCCGGGCGGUGGCCCCGAAGCCCUGCUUUGGGCGGCGCAGGCUCGGGGCAGCUGGGCCUCGGCCGGCUCGUCCUCGUCUUCGUCCGCCGCCUACUGGGGCGAGGACUCGGAAGGCGACACGGGGACCAUCAAGAGGCGGGGCGGCAAAGACGUCAACGCCGACGCCGAGACCAGCAGCAUCACGUCCACCGGGUCUGAGGACGCCAAACAGACGGGGCGGCCUUCGCCCUCGCCCUCUCCCGUCACCGCCGCCUGUAAAGGACUUAUGUCCCGGAAAGAGGGUCGGUACCGCGAGCCCCCUCCGACGCCGCCCGGCUACACUGCGCUGACCCUGUCCGACGGCCAGUCGACGCCCCCUCCCGGCCCCGCUCCUGCAACGUUGACGACGCCGUCGAGCCGCCGCCCGCCCGACUACACCACGGCGCUCCAGCGCUCGCGCAUGGUGACGCAGUCCCCCGACUCACAUGCCCACCAGGCGUCGUCCAAACAGAGGGGGGGAGGACCCCAGCGAUCCCGGGACGAGGACGACGACGAGGCGGCGGCGGAUGAGGAGGAGGAAGAGGAGGAUGAUGAGCAGGUGUCGGCAGUUUGA